UCAGCCAGGGCUUGUUAUUGAGCAUUUCAUUCGCCGCCGGCUAGGCGAGCUGUUCCGUAGGAUGUUGUGUGCUAUGUAUUUCCUCUGUGCAAGGCCGGCUUGCUGUCACUGUGUGCGCCUGCUGAUUAACCGAUGGCUGCGGCGAUGAUCAGGAGGGACAUCGCCGGCUCUUACCGAGAGCUUUCAGAUGUGGGGACAGAGGAAAGAACUUGUAAUUCUGAACUCGCGGAUGAGGCUGAUGCUGAGGAAGAUGAUGUAAAUGGACCAGUAAUACAAGGUGAUGAACUUGGCUCCACAAGUCCUUUUUCCAUCUUUGGUAAAGUCUGUCUGAAGAACACGUUUGCUGUGAUUCUUAUCUUUAUCUACCUGCUCCUGAUGUCCGUGGCAGUGUUCCUGGCCUAUCAGACCAUCACAGACUUCAGGGAGAAGCUCAAGCAUCCUGUUAUGUCUGUCUCCUUUCAGGAAGUUCUGAAAUAUGAUGCUCCUGGUAUAGCACUGUAUCCUGAUAAAGCUGAGCUCCUGAGCUGUAAGCACUAUUAUCAUGAUCGCGUUCAGCUUAUGGUGAAUCCAGGCCAACAAGGAGAAAUCGACUGCACCAAGGAGCACAUCAGUUAUACAGACCCAUACAGAAACAAAACACUGAAAUCAGCCCUGAUUAUCCGUGGACCACAAGAUGUGAGAAAGAAGGAACUGGUAUUCUUGCAGUUCCAUCUAAAUGAAACAGAAGAAGAUUUUAGUGCAAUCAGCUAUCUCUUAUUCUCAUCAUUCAAAGAAUUUCAGGAGAGUUCCGAUAAAGCACAAUUCAUGCAGGACUGUGAACGUUCUUAUUCUAUCUGGACCUUUUCUGGGAGUUUUCGAACUUGGGUCAAGAUGUCUCUGGUGAAAACAACAGAGGAAGAUGGAAGUGAAUCGGUGGAAUUUAGACAAGAGUCUACUGUGGUGAGAUAUAAUGACGACCGGCCUGUUUCUGAACAAACUGACCAGUUGUUCUUUGUUGUAUUUGAGUGGAAGGAUCCUUUCAUUCAAGAAGUCCGAGAUAUAAUCACAGCCAAUCAGUGGAACACAAUUGCCAUCCUGUGUGGUGUCUUCUUGGCUUUGUUCAAGGCAGCAGAGUUUGCAAAUUUGAGUGUUAAGUGGAUGAUCAAAAUUAAAAAGAGACAACAAAAGCGGAAGGCCCAGGAACUGAACCAGAUGAGUUAAACUAAGGACCCAGUUUGAGACCCUUGAGGGGAUGCAGUUUUAAUCCUCUAUCCUUCUCCCAGCCAACACUUCAGUUGUAUGUUGGUGUGGAGCUCUGUGCUCAAGGACAUGAAGACUAUGCCUCAUUCCAUUUCUGGCAUGUGUCAACGUUUUGAAAGAAACAUUACAUGGUAAUAGUUGUCAGUAUUCAUAUGAAAUGUUGAUGGAUUAGACACUUCAGUCUCAGUUUCAAAGUCCUUUUGAUUUUUUCCAUACUGUUUGUUUAUUGAGCUGUUGGGCUUCAAUAAAAGCUAUUUAACAAGAUAACACACCAUCUCCUCCAACAGCAAAGUUACUUACCAAUUCUGUCAUUUUUAAGAUUGUGGUUUACCAUGACUUGAUAAUUUGGUGAUUUAAGGCACAUAAUCCACAUUCUGUGGGUGAUUGAGAGAAGACUUUUGCAAUUCAUGGGUGACAUUUAUGCUACUGUUGUCCUAUUAUUGCUUGAUCAGUGAUUGACAUCAGCAUCAAGUUGUGUUGAAAUUCAGUUUGUGGCAAUGCAGCAUUGGGCAGUGCAAAAUACAUGGAUGCUUAGUGGUCCUAGUAAAGGUGUUUUCAGUUGCAAAAUUAGUGUUCUCAAUGCUGCUGGUGAUUACUGUAUUUGUGUGCUGUGGUUUGUAGUUAAUAGUUUUUUGAAUUAUCCUCAGUGACGACUUGUACGCACAGUAAGUUCACCCACAUCACUGUCAACUUCAAGUAAGUAGAAGCUCUAAACGUCACUUUAAUCAGCCAUUUUAUUUGUGUAAUUUGGUAAUAAAAAUAUCACUGCUGGAUCUAUUUUAGGAAUUGUGAUGGCUGUUUUAAGCAAUUGUUAGAGUGGGCUAUGUGCUUAUUAGAGAUGGGUAGCAUAUGGUAUUACAAAUGUAAGCAGCAUUAGAACAGUUGAACUCUGUAAAUGUUGGAUCCAAGGCUGCAAGGAAGUUUUCCAUGUGCAAGGAGCUCAUCUUCAUAUGAUUGAAUGUUAUGUGAGAUUCAUAUUUGUAAGUUUCACAGCCAUAUAUAGUGCAUUCAUGCAGAUUUUAUAUAGACUUUAAUGAACUAUAUGUUACAAAUAGUUCAAACAAGUAACUUUUUCUCAUUCCAAAACACACUGUGCAUCUCUGCAAAUGGCACUCUGGAUUUUAAAUGUCCUUUUUAAUGGGACAUAUUAUAGCUUGGAUAUCAGAAGAGUGCUGUGAAUAGUGCAGAGAGCUUGCAUUUGGAUCUCUUAAGCACUGAUGUCACCACAACUGGAAUCUGAACUUAAGUACAGCAUGCCAGUCAAUUAGUAUACUGUACUUUAUAGCAAAGUUUUGUUAUUAACCAGAAAUUAUAUUAAAAUUAUUUAUCAAAAGGAUUGGUUCUCUUGUUGUGAUGUAACUCUUAGGGCAUGUUACAAAAGAUAUACUGUCAAGGUGAAAUUUUUCCAUAUGUGGGCUAGAGAGGUUCUUCGGUGAUUAUGUAUAGGCAGAACAUCAAAAGUAUCAGGAUAAUCAGCUCUAAUAAUAGUAGGUGCAAGUGCACAGAGAUUAGACAUUUGAAGGGCUGGUCAAGUUGCAUCAUUUGAGAGUGAUUAGCUCCUGGUCUUCAAGCAUACCUCUUAGCUGGGAAAAAAGGCUGACUCAAAUCUUAGGGUAAAAUUAACAAGAGAGGCUAUCAAUGUAUUUGGAUGUGCACUUGCGAUGCCAUGGCAUACAACUUUCCACCUAACAGCACUGUUACUAGCACCUUCUGUCAAGGGCAAUUAGGGAUAGUUAAUAAAUACUGGCAUUGCCAGCAAUGCCCACAUCCCAUGAAUGAAUUUCAAAUAUAUAAUUUUUGGAUAAAAGGAAUCCUGCAGAGAUGCAUCUCUUUAUAGUGGAACUACUUCAUGUUAAAUGGUUAAGAUAAACCCAAUUUUUAUGAAGCAGCAUUUCUUCCACAAUACCUGAGAAAUAAAUCUUAUAUUUAAGGACAACGUCUGUAAUUCUGAAAAGGUUUCCCAUAGAUUGUAACCUAUUGUCUUUAAGCAGGCUAAACAAUGAUAUCAGAUUUAUUGCAUCAUCGGUUAACUGGUUAUAAUGCUAGUUAGUCCUGCAAGUUGGAUGUGCCCGAAUCAAUUCCUCCCUUUCGGAUUUGUUUCGGGUCACUAGAUUAAGUUUUUAAUAUUGUUUAGAAGUCUGAUAUUCAUUAUUAAACUCAAUAGUUUCUAAAAUUUGUUUGUGAUAAGCUUCUGCAUUGUGAAACGUUUCUAAAUUAUUUUUCCAUAGCUCAAAUGCCGACCAAGUUUAGAAAUUAAUAAAAGAACUGAUGCUUACAAUUUUUUUGACACCAGUAUUUUUUCCCAAAAGUAGUGGUUAUUGUUGUAGUAAUUUUUUUGUAUUUAAACUGAAGAAUAUCAGUAAUAAAAUCAAACACCUUUUCCCUU